GGUGAUUGGUCGGCUGCGGCGUCUUGUGUUUACAACGCUGGUGCAGCUCCAGCUCUUGUCUUGACGGUGAUGGGCUCACAGGGCUACAGGAAAGCUUCUUCAAUGUAUCAUGGCUGCUAGAGCUGGCCUGAUCUUAUUCACUGUCGUCUGCGUUUUUGGUUGUAUUUACGCCUUUAAGGAGAGCAAAAGUUUCAAUUAUGAUAAAGGUGUAGUGUCAAACCUCUCUCACUGCCCUGGACGUUAUUGUGGUCGUACAAGACUAGAAAAUGGAUCGUGGUCAGCUUGUGGGGCAUGCGAGAGAGGACUUCGACGCAAUAAUAGAAGUGCUUGUGAAGAGUGCAAUGACACCCCAGAGUUUUAUGACAAGCUCUAUCUUGGUUUUAUGGGUCUAUUGCCCUUAACCUUUCAUUUAGGCUGCAUUGAUGCUGCUGCAAAGAGAAGAACGUUUACUCGAGAAGUAAUGGCUCUCUAUGCUUUAGCCAUUAUUGAAGUAACUAUAGCAGCAGUUGUAACACUACUUAUGACUGAGCCAUAUGGGUCCUUCAGCAUUCGCUCAUGUAAGGUGCGAAAGUUAGCUGACUGGUACCCACUUCUUCACAACCCAAAUCCAAAUUAUGAGGGUGUGUUGCACUGCACUCAAGAGGCCAUUUAUCCAUUGUAUUCCAUGGUGUUUGUGUUUUAUACCCUUUGUUUACUGGUGAUGUUAAUGAUCCGGCCAUUCCUGUCAUCAAAGCUUCUACCAGGCCGAGGGAAAUCUGCUAUUUACUCGGCACUGUACUUCCUUCCUGCCCUUAUUGUUACCCAUGCUGUAGGUGCAGGGCUCAUAUAUUAUUCAUUUCCAUAUAUGGUGAUCAUAUUGUCUGUGGUAUCCAAUGCUGCACAUUUUGCAUUUCAACUGGAUCAGUCUAUGCCUGGUCUGCUGAUGGGAUGUGUUCGAGAUGUACGAAAUCUCGUUAUUCUCCUCGGUCAUUGGGGUUUGCAUGCUUAUGGUAUUGUAGCAAUUACACAGUUGACAGAAGGGGUCCUCCAUGGUUCCCUUUGUGCACUGGUGCCUCUACCAGCCCUCUUUUAUAUCCUUACUUCACGUUUUACUGACCCUUCCAACAUUGGUUAAGAGGUAUUUAUUAAAAUAAAAAUGAAUACAUGG